AGAGUGUGAUCUUCGAUGCAGGAGGCGUAACUUGAGUGACGUCAUCGAGUUUGAGUCACGGUGACUGUUGACAUGUCGUCGCUUCCGCUGCUUCCCGGAUACACGUUCAUGGACCCGGUGGCCUUACAGAAACCCAUAAAGCAAAGCCUGGGUUGGAAGAAGGGUGUGCCCCUCGUAAAACCAGGCAUCUCUGCCCAUUCUCUCCGAGACGAACAGUCAAGAUCUUGCUCGACAGGAACGUUCCCUGCAGUUCGGUGUUCGGCGUCGCUCGAGAACUCCGCCCAGAUUCCUGCCAGAAUGGGCUGUCCUGGAGAAGAAGGUGACCACGCCCCUUUCGCUCUUGUUCCUCGUCCAAUGCUACCCGACGCAGAGUCCAGAUGAAUAAUGAGUAGUUACAUAACUUAACAGUAUUCAUUAACUUAUGCUUGUGCUUGCCAUAGGUUGUUAGAUGUGCAAUUCAUAAAUCAAGCAUUGGAUAAGACAUUUUUUUAAAUAGCAGUGAAUAGAUUUAUCUAUGUAUGUUUUUUUUUUUUUUUACAGCUUUGAAACUGUAAACUAUUCCCACUAGUAAACAGCACAAGAAAUUGGGUACUCGAGCAUGAAUAUGGCAAAUCUUUAAAUUCUAUUGUUCAUUUUGCAAGUAUGGUCAUCAUUGGGACAAAAUGAUAAUCAAAAUGAGCUUCAUAUUAAAAAUAGGGAUAUCUUAAAAGAAAUUUCUAAUUUCGC